AUGUUAACAGUAAGUGUGGUGCUGGUGUUUUUUGUGGUGUCUCUGCUCUUUAUGCAGUUUUUGAAAUUGCAAUGGAUGCGAAGACGAUUUCCUCCUGGACCAACUCCAUACCCCUUCUUUGGAAAUCUGCUGCAGAUGAACUUCCACAUUCAUCAUGAUAUCCUUAAAAAAAUGGCCAAAAUGUAUGGCAAUGUCUUCACCUUAUGGGUUUCAAAUAUUCCUAUUGUUGUCCUGCAAGGGUUUCAGGCAGUGAAGGGAGGUCUGACUGUCCAUGCUGAAGACGUUGCUGGGAGGCCAACAAGCAAUAUCAUUCACAUUCUGAAUCACGGAAAUGGUAUUAUGUUCUCUAAUGGUCAUCUCUGGAAGCAGCAACGGCGUUUUGGACUUGCAGUGAUGAGGAAAAUGGGAGUGGGGAAAAAAGACCAGGAGCGUCAACUACAAGAGGAGGCCUGUCACCUGGUGGAAUACUUAAAGAAAACAAAUGGAAAACCUCUGGACCCCUCUAUGCCUGUCAUGCGUGCUGUCGCAAAUGUGAUUUGUUCUGUCAUUUUUGGACAUCGCUUCUCUGAAGAUGAUGAAAAUUUUCUCCACUUGAUUCAGUCCGCUGAUAAUAUAGGAGCAUUUAUUAACAGCAUCUCUUUUUUUAUAUGUGAAACGUUUCCCUGGUUUGCACAUCAUUUCCUAGCAUCAUUUAAACAGUUUGCAUCCAACAUAAAGUUUUUAAACACACUAUUCACAAAGGAACUUGAAAGCCGCAAAGAAAAAGGAAAACCAGAUGAAAAUCAAGAUUUUAUUGAUUACUAUUUGGAUGAGAUAGAUAAAACUAAAGGAGAUAGUCAUGCUACUUAUGAUGAAGAAAACUUGAUCCAGAGUGUUUUUGACCUCUUUCUGGCAGGUACAGAAACUACAGCCACCACCUUACGUUGGGCGUUGCUCUAUAUGGUGGUUUAUCCUGAUAUUCAAGAGAAAGUCCAGAAGGAGCUGGAUGCUGUUCUGGGUUGUUCCCAUUUAAUUUGCUACGAGGACAGAAAAAAGUUGCCCUAUACAAAUGCCGUAAUUCACGAGAUCCAGCGAUACAGUAAUAUAGUCUUAGUAGCUCUUCCUAGACAGACCGUGAAGGACACAGAGCUGCUGGGAUUUCCCAUUCCAAAGAACACCAUAAUUUUAUCAAAUAUUGACUCUGUUCUAUCUGAUCCUGGAAAAUGGGAGACACCUGAUCAGUUCAACCCAGGCCACUUUCUGGAUAAAGAUGGAAACUUUGUAAACAGAGAAGCGUUCUUACCGUUUUCCAUAGGGCACCGUGUAUGCAUGGGGGAGCUGUUGGCUAGGAUGGAGCUCUUUAUUGUCUUCUCCACCCUGUUGCAGGCUUUCACGUUCACCCUGCCAGAAGGAGUGAAAGAAGUCAAUACAAAGCUUGUUUUUGGGAGCACAAUGAAGCCACCUCCCUACCAGCUCUGUGCCAUUCCUCGGUAG